UUCUGAACUGGAAAAACGUACUACAAUUGACCGGAAGUAAUUUUCGACAAGGAUUUAAAUUCUGGGGUUUUCUUUGUAAUUGUCGCAAGAUAAAUCCAAUUUCAAGAACGCAGAUCAGAAUCAGCCCAAAAUCUUAAAUCGAGCAGUUACAAUUCUCUCUCCCCCCCCCCUCUCUAUUCGUGCCCCCCCUCCCCCCGCGAUCGCUGCUAGUGGAAUCAGAACCCGCUCAAAAUCUCAAAUCUAUCAGGUAGAUCUGGAUUACUUGGGUAUUUGCUCUUGGUAUCGUGGCUGAAUCAAGGAAACAGGGACCAAUUGGGGAUAAGGACUUCAAUUUCAUUUCGAUUUGGCUCUGCAAUUUCCUUUUAAUCGGUUCUGCAAUCUCAUUUUAAUCGGUUCUGCAUGGCAACUCCCGGGGUACCCAGACCGGGCAAUGCCCCACCUUAUUACAACCCUAGUUCUGUUACUGAUGGUAUGCAAAAUCUUCAAAUCAACCGACCCACUGGACCGCCAGGAUACGUUGGCCCUAGACCUCCUACCCCGUUAGGACAACAACCCCCACCACCAUUUUCUUCGUCAGCUCAGCGGCCUUCAUCGUUUUCCGGGUCAUUUCCAAUGACCCGUCCUGGCGCGCCCCCACCUGGUGUCCUUCCUGGUGGUCCUCUACAAGCAACAUUGCCCCAAAAUGUAGCUUCUUAUAGACCUUCUGGACCUCCUCCGCCCUUUGGGUCAAGGCCUCCGCCUCCUGGUUCAUUGCCCUCUUCCAUGAGCACUUCUGGUGUGCCUCCUGGUGCUUUCCCUUCUACAGGACAAGUGGCACCGCCCAGUUCUCAUCCCAAUCUUAGUCCUUUUGGAUCAUCAUCCCCUUUGACAACGGGUCCAAUUUUUCCACCUUCAAGCACUCCCGGCCCUGCUAGUAAUGGACCUCCCGCAUUUGGAUCAGGUGGGAUGCAACGUGGACCCCAAUUUUCUUCAGCUGGAAGUCCACCACCACCACUGUCAUCACGGCAAGUAGGUCCUGCACCUUCUCCUGUUCCGUUCACUAGGGCACCUUCUCCUGUUCCGUUCACUAGGGCACCUUCUCCUGUUCCGAACAUGCGUCCUCUGCAUGGAAGUCCUCCUACUGGUGCACCAUCAGGUCCUAUGCAACCACCUCCAUUUGCUUUACCAUUCCCUUCAGGUAUGCCACCUCCUUCAGGUUCCUUGCCAUUUGCAGCACCACCUCAAGGUGUAGCUCCUCCUUCGGGCUCUCCGUAUGGCCAACAAGCAUGGCAAAUGCAACCCCGACAGGUGGCUCCAGCUCCACCUAUUCCUGGUUCUUCGCAACCGCCCAGAAUGUUUGGGAUGCCGCCACAACCUCCAGAUCAAUCUAUGGCUACUAUAUCGCCUGCUAUGGGUCAUAUGGGAGCACCUAUGGCUGGCCCAUCAAAGAUCGAUCCCAAUCAAAUCCCACGCCCCAUACCAAGUAUCUCUGUGAUUCUGCAUGAAACUCGUCAGGGGAAUCAGGCCAACCUCCCUCCGCCCGCCACAAGUGAUUAUAUUGUCAAGGACACUGGUAAUUGCAGCCCACGGUACAUGAGAUGUACUAUCAAUCAGAUCCCAUGCACUGUUGAUCUCUUGACCACAUCUGGAAUGCAGUUGGCUUUGAUGGUCCAACCCCUUGCUCUUCCUCACCCAUCUGAGGAGCCCAUCCAACUUGUGGACUUUGGAGAAAGUGGUCCUGUACGAUGUUCUCGUUGCAAAGGCUACGUCAAUCCAUUCAUGAAGUUUAUUGAUCAGGGAAGACGUUUUGUCUGUAAUUUAUGUGGAUAUACGGAUGAAACUCCGUCUGACUACCAGUGCAAUCUAGGUCCAGAUGGUAGACGUAGAGAUGCCGAUGAAAGGCCAGAGCUAUGUAGGGGAACAGUUGAAUUUGUCGCUACGAAGGAGUAUAUGGUCCGUGACCCAAUGCCUGCUGUGUUUUUCUUCCUUAUUGAUGUAUCCAUGAAUGCCAUACAGAUUGGUGCAACUGCAGCGGCUUGCAGUGCAAUCAGCCAAGUUAUUGCUGAUCUUCCUGAUGGUCCUAGGACAAUGGUAGGUGUCGCUACAUUUGACUCAACAAUCCAUUUCUACAACCUGAAACGUGAAUUACAGCAGCCGCUCAUGCUAAUAGUUCCUGAUGUCCAAGAUGUUUACACUCCUCUUCAAGCUGAUGUUAUAGUUCAACUUUCUGAGUGCCGCCAACAUUUGGAGCUAUUGCUAGAAAAUAUCCCAACCAUGUUUGAGAAUAACAGAACAGCUGACUCAGCCUUUGGUGCAGCAGUCAAGGCUGGUUUCUUGGCAAUGAAGAAUACAGGAGGGAAACUUCUAGUAUUUCAGUCAGUCUUACCAUCUGUCGGUUUUGGAGCCCUUUCUGCUAGAGAGGCUGAGGGUAGGACGAAUAUCUCUGCUGGAGAGAAGGAGGCCCAUAAAUUACUCCAACCAGCAGACAAAGUUUUGAAGGCAAUGGCUGUUGAACUUGCAGAGUACCAGGUGUGCGUUGAUGUAUUUAUUACCACCCAAACUUAUGUGGACAUUGCUUCAAUUUCUGUCAUCCCAAGAACUACUGGAGGGAAGGUGUAUUAUUAUUUCCCUUUCUCUGCUCUUUCUGAGCCUGCCAAGCUUUACAACGAUCUUCGAUGGAAUGUCACGAGGCCCCAAGGUUUUGAGGCAGUCAUGCGUGUAAGAUGUAGCCAGGGUAUCCAAGUUCAGGAAUACUCUGGAAACUUCUGCAAGCGAAUUCCAACCGAUGUUGACCUACCUACGAUUGAUUGUGACAAAACUAUAAUGGUAACUUUGAAACAUGAUGACAAACUGCAGGAUGGCUCAGAAUGCGCUUUUCAGUGUGCUCUUCUUUACACAACUGUGUAUGGCCAAAGAAGAAUACGAGUGUCUACCUUAUCUCUACCGUGCACGACUCUGCUAAGUAAUCUGUUCCGCUCAGCUGACUUAGACACACAAUUUGCUUGUUUCUUGAAGCAAGUGGCGAACGAAAUCCCUUCCAGUCCACUUCCACAAGUCAGGGAACAAGUGACAAACCUUUGCAUCAACAUCCUGCAUUCAUAUCGCAAAUUUUGUGCUACAGUUUCGUCAGCUGGACAACUUAUCCUUCCAGAGGCGCUUAAACUUCUGCCUCUAUACACCCUUGCUUUGAUUAAAAGUACGGGAUUACGAACAGAUGGGCGAAUAGAUGAUAGGUCCUUCUGGAUCAGUUAUGUUUCUUCAAUUUCUACUGCUUUGGCAAUCCCACUGGUGUACCCCCGGAUGGUGGCUAUCCAGGACCUCAUCUCGAAGGAGACGGAUGGAUCUAUUAUACCUCCUUCGAUCCCGCUAUCCAGUGAACAUGUGAAUGAUGAUGGAAUCUAUCUUCUUGAGAAUGGGGAGGAUUGUUUAAUUUAUGUUGGGAGCUCUGUGGAUCCUGGUGUGAUGCGUCAACUGUUUGGCAUUUCCUCACUCGAUGAAAUUCAACCUCAGUUUGUACUGCAGCAAUAUGACAAUCCACUGUCGAAGAAGCUAAAUGAUGUUGUAAAUGAGAUAAGGCGCCAACGAUGCUCCUACCUCCGCUUGAAAUUGUGCAAGAAAGGAGAUGCAUCAGGAAUGCUAUUCUUCUCUUAUAUGGUAGAAGACAAGACUCCCAAUGGCCUCUCCUACGUGGAGUUUUUGGUACAUGUCCACAGGCAGAUUCAAACUAAAAUGCCUUGAUUGUAUGCGGAGUAAACGUCCAAUAGCUAUCUUGUGGGGGAAUGCUUGGCGAUCGAGGCAAAGGAACAUAUGCGAUUCUGGAAUCUGAGACAGUUUUGGAUUAAGAGGGUUUUUUUUUUUUUUGCAUGUUUAUAUGAGUUCAUGGGAUAUUUAGCAUAUCUCCCCUUUGCUUUUAUUUCUAUUUGUUUUUGUGUACUAUAGAGCAGGGGAACAUAGUAUACAAAGAAGUUUGUCAAUCAAAUGAGCAAUUAGUGUCAUUUUUCCGGAAAUAUUUUUUAAAUAAUAAUCUUUACCCUUUUGCGGAUUGUCUGGAAAA